GUCUUAAUCCCUGGACGUCGGCAGCCGCCUCUUUCCUGCCGCCAGCUAGACGCCACCGAUCGGGAGCCGCUGCUGCCCGGGGCUUCUUCGCUGGCAGGAUGCUAUCUCUGGAUCAGAUCAAUGCGGAUCAGCCCCUGAUCCUGAAGGAGCUGGACUGGGCUGAGCAGGAGCCCCUGCCAUUGCUCAGCCCCCCGUGUCCCUCCUGGCGCCAGGACGUGUCUCUGGACUGCAAGUGCUCUCCGGAGGACACCCAGGCACACGCCUGGACCACCUACUACUAUGACCUGCUGCAAUGUACCCUGCAGCAGGAGGGGCUGCCAGAGACAAUCGACCGCACCAAAGAGCCCAGAACAGGGUUCAGCUCGGGGGAUGUGACCAUCUGCAUCCUGGGAUCCCCGACCUCGUACCUGUCUGUGCUGCUGGAGGGCAGCUCCCAGUGCCCAGGUAAUAUGCUGCUGUGCCUGUCACCCAGCUGGCUGGCCAAGGUGCCCUCUGAGCAGCACCCUGGCGAGUCGUCCUUGCUGGUCUCCAAGGCUGUCUCCUUCGAGCUGGGUGGGCGCACGUGCCUGGACGAGUUCUCGCCCCCGCGCCGCGUCACCUACUUCAUGGGCUCCUUCGGGCCAUGCAAGGAUCACGGGCAGUCAGCGGGGGAGUUGGCGCGCGACCUGGAUUGCCCCACGGGGGGCUCGGGGGAGCUGGCCCGCCUGCUGGAGGACAAGCUGCUGACGCGCCAGCUGCUGGACCAGCGGGCCCAGGUGGGGGUACCACUCACGCUGGCCUUCACCUUCAAGCGGCUGCGCCCACUACGGGACGUCACCACUGAGCGCUCCGUCCGCAUGGUGGAGCUCAGCGGCAAGGAGGGCCAGGAGAACCUCAUCCAGGAGGAGAUCGAGGCCUUCCUGCAGGGCAGUGCCAUGGAGCCCUACAGCCAGGUGGUGGUGAAGCCAUCAGGCUGGCGCUGGAGUGGGGCCCAUGCUGUGACCUUCCAUGCCAAGGUGGAGCAGGCUGCCGUGCUCCAAGCCGUGCUGGCACUGCUGGAGAGCCUGGAGGAGGAGGAGAGCGCCCUGCUGGAGGCCUUCAUCCCCACCGCCUGCCUCACCCAGCCUGAAUCCCCCAACAGCACCUCCCCAAGCAGCACAUCUCCGAGGCCUGACCUGGCGAUCCGGAUCUGCACUGUCGUCUGCAGAUCCUGGGGUGACCAGCCUCUGCUGAGCCAGAUUGUGUGCGGCGUGGGACGGGCUGAUAAGCCCCUGAAGCACCAGGCCAUGGUGCCCCAGAGCCUGGAGAGCGGCCUGCGGCAGCAGGGGGUGACAGAUGAGGCCCAGCUCGCGGCCAUCCAUGCCCAGGUCAAGCACAAGGCCGAGGCCGCCAUGACGGCCUUCCUGGAGAUGGAGGCGGGGCUGUCGGUGGAGCAGCGGGGCGGCCCACGGGCCCAGACUGAUGUGAUUGGCGUGGAUUUCCUCCUGACCUCGUCGGAACAGGUGCUGCAGCUGAUGGCUCUGGAGAUGAAUUCUCAGCUGUGCCUAGAGACUUGCGCGCUCUUCGAGUCCAUGGGUCAGGCGGUGGGGGUGCCCGCAGGCGAGUCCUCACGUCCUCUGGUGGAGACGAUGUUGCGGCGUACACAGUGUCACCUCAUGGAGGGCAAGCACGUGUUGGUGAUCGGGGCCGGAGGAGUCAGCAAAAAGUUCGUCUGGGAGGCGGCCAGGGCCUAUGGGCUAAAAAUUCACCUGGUGGAGUCGGACCCCAACCACUUUGCCUCGCAGCUGGUGCAGACCUUCAUCCACUAUGACACCACGGAGCACAAGCGGGAUGAGGAGCACGCCCAGCGGCUGGUGGGGCUGGUUCGGGAGCGGGGCCUGCACCUGGAUGGCUGCCUCUCCUACUGGGACGACUGCAUGGUGCUGACGGCCCUGGUGUGUGAGCAGCUGGGCCUGCGCUGCAGCCCGGUGGCCGCCAUGCGGGUGGCCAAGCAGAAGAGCCGCACCCACCAACACCUGCUGCGCCGGCGCAAGGAAGCCCCGCUUGGCUGGGCCUCAGAGGCGCUCUAUGCCGUUCCCUGCUGCCACCUGGAGAGCCACGCUGACGUGGAGCGGGCUGCUCGUCAUCUCUCCUUCCCCGGCGUCAUGAAGCUAGAGUACGGGGCAGGCGCCGUGGGGGUCAAGCUGGUGGAGGACGUGCAGCAGUGCCACCUGCACUUCGAGAAGAUCUCACGGGACUUGCGGGCGGAUACGGAUCACCCAGGCAUCGGGCUGGGCUGGGGCAACGCCAUGCUGCUGAUGGAGUAUGUCUCCGGCACUGAGCACGACGUGGACAUUGUGAUCUAUGAUGGGCGCAUGCUGGCUGCCUUCGUCUCCGACAACGGGCCCACCCGCGUGCCCCACUUCACCGAGACGGCAGCCAGCAUGCCCACCUGUCUGGCGCCCGACCGCGAGGCCCAGCUCGUGCGCGCUGCCUACCAGUGCUGCUUGGGCUGCGGCCUGACCAACGGCGUCUUCAACGUGGAGCUCAAGUUGACAGCAUCUGGGCCCAAGCUCAUAGAGAUCAACCCCCGCAUGGGCGGCUUCUACCUGCGCGACUGGAUCCAGGAGAUCUACGGGGUGGACAUCAUGCUCGCCUCGGUCAUGGUGGCCUGCGGGGUGCCCCCGCUGCUGCCCGCCCAUGCCGAGCCCCGCACCCACCUGGUGGGUGUCAUGUGCGUGGUGUCACAGCACCUGAAGGCCCUCAAGUCCACAGCCAGUGUGGAGACGUUGCAGGCCCUGCAUGAGCGUGGCAUCAUCCGCCUCAACCUGCUGGAGGAAGAGCUCGUUGCCCGUGAAUACGAAGAGCCCUACUGCAACGUGGCCUGUGCCAGCCCCAGCCGCCGCGAGGCCUGCCUCAAGGUGCUGGGUGUCUGCCAGGUGCUGGGCAUCGACUCACCCCACUAUCCUGUCACCCACUUCCUCUCUCACUUCAAAUAGCACCCAGGGAGCCCCCGGGGAGGGGGCCACCCUGCUGCCUCUGUCCUGUCCCCCCCCCCCCCCAUUCCCCUUAGGGCCUGCUGAGCUCAGAUCUGGUUCUGGAGGAGCCCCCAGCCUCCCCCUCCCCAGUGUGUCCCCACCAGCCGGGGCACUGGUGCUUGCAUUACAUGGCUCCUCUGUAUCCUAGUGUUGUUUUUUUCCCCCACAGCUGCCCCUUUCCCCCCAGGAGGGAGCUGGGGGCCCCUGGUGUCGUCUCUGGUAGGAGCCACGCCUGUCUAUGUGUGUGUGACAUGGGAUUGCAUCAGUAUGGCAUCUGUUCUGCUCCCUCUGGGGCUCCUCCAGCUCUCCCCCCACCCCCCCAGCUGCCCUGUCCUGAUCCUCAGCUGAUCUGUCCCAUCCCUGGAGAGAUCCCCCACCCUCUCUGCAGACUCCUCCCUGACCCCUCCUUCCCCAGUGAGAUCCUCCAGUUGACUCCCGCAACCAAGCCCACCAGCUCCGGGAAGGGCUGUAGGUCACAGACCCCAAUCUCCUGGGCACGAGCUCAGCUCUGGUGUCUGUUCAGCCAUGGUGGGAAGGGAAGGAUUGAGGGUCUGGAGCCUCCAGGAGUGCAGACUUAAGGCUACAAGUGGCCCUCCAAUAACUAACCACUGUAUGCAUGUUCCCUGCUCCCCCCUCAUGCUCCUCAGUCACCCUACCUUAGCAAAUCACUGUAUGCUACCUCCCCACCAUGCUUGUCAGCAACCCUACGAUAACAAACCACUGUAAACAACUCGCCCCACCCACCCCCGUGCUUGCCAGCAACCCUACAAUAACAAACCACUGUACUCAACCCCUCUGGUACUCAACCCCACUGAUAGCAAACCACCAUAUACAACCUGCCACCGAGUUCAUCAGCAACCCACCAGCUAACAACAAACCACCGCAUGCAACCCCUCCCAUGCUUGUCAGCAACCCUACAAUGACAAACUAUUGUGGGCCAAGUCCUAGCACGGACCCUGCGAUAACACAUGCCCUAUGCAAACUCCUUAUUAGGAAACCUACAAACCCACUGAACCUGAGACACUGAACUCACCCCCCUGAGCCUGCAGCCCCAGCACUUGAACAGCCUGCACUGAUGACGGAACCCUAGCCAUGCUAACAAACAAUAACAGGGCUCCAGAGCAGCCCUAUGCUAACUAACUAGCAUGCCUGGCCCCCAGGAAGGACAAAGACCUUAAACUAACAAAGCAGGCCCAAUCCCACAGUAGUUUUGAGGGCUGUGGAUGCACAGCCUGCAGCCCCAGCCUCUGAGAGACUCUACAAUAACAAACCAGCGUGUGGAGCCCCUACAAUAACAAACCAGCGUGUGGAGCCCCAGUGUCGCUACAAUAACAAACCAGCAUGUGGAGCCCAGUGCUCGUAGAAUAACAAACCAGCGUGUGGAACCCCAGUGCCUCUGAGUGACCCUACAAUAACAAACCAGCGUGUGGAGCCCCAGUGCCCCUACAAUAACAAACCAGCGUGUGGAGCCCUAGUGCCUCUAAAUGACCCUAUAAUAACCAACCAGUGCCCUGAGAGACCCUACAAUAAUAACAAACCAGUGCACAUAGUCUUAGUGUCCCCGAGUGAUCCUACAAUAACAAACCAGUGCAUAGCAGCCCGAAUGACCCUUCAAUAACAACAAACCAGUAUGCACUGCCCUGAGUGUCCCUACAAUAAUAUCAAACCAGAAAGCACAGCUCCUAGCAUCCUUAAAUUAUCCUAUAGAAGCAAAGCAACGUGCAGCGCCAUGAGAGACCCAACAAUAUUAACAUACCAGCAUGCAUAGCCCUAGUGUCCCUGAGUGACUCUCCAAUAACAAACCAGUGCAUGGCACCCAGAGAGACUUCCAUAAUAACAAACCAGCCUGUGCAGCCCCCGUGACCCUACAAUAACAAGCUAGCAAAAGUAGAAGGAAGCAAGACUCAGUCUAAAGGAAGCUUGGUCAGGUUCUCUUCCUCUUUAAGAGCCCAUGGAUUCCUGCUGCUUCCUCCCUGACUGGUGUUAUUGCUGUCACAGCAAGAGAUUGUGAGAUCAUUGGGAAUGAUGACAUCAUCAGUGAGGGGAGGAGCAUCUGGAAAUUGUGAUGUCUUAAAGAAGCAGAGGCCCUGAACCAGGGCAGAGGGAGGUGGGUGGGAGAUGGGAAGUGACAUCACCAUGGAGCUUUUAGCCAUGGCAUCCCAUGCCAGGGUACCCAAGGACGGGGGCAUUAGCAAGCCUGUCCCCCUGUCAACAUGGGCUGGAGUUCCUCGUGACACUCCCCACCUAUGUGUCCUUCUGCCGCCUCUGUAACCGGCAGCAGACGGACAAAGUAGUCCCUCCCCAAUAAAAUGCCAUGUGCAAAUAUGCGGGUCCCUGAGGCAUUAUUGGCACCCUGAACUGCAGCAGGGUUGGAAGAAGAUCCAGCAGCCAAGGAAGAACGGGACAUAGAGGGAGCCAGUGGCCUGCAGAGAAAUGAGGAGGCACUGCCAGCUACCUCCCUGUGCCUCUCCUGUCUGCAGGGUCCAUCCCAGCAACUCCUCCUGCACCAUGGGAGCCACAGCACCAUUCCCCUGGGGCAACCUGGGCCCCAGCUCCCUCCAUCCCAGAGCCUUCCCCUCCUGGGUCUCAACUGGAGGAGCCACAACAGAGAAGAUGAUGAUGAUGAUGAUGGUGGCCAGCCUUCUCCAGGCCUGCUCUGCCAAGGGGUCAUCUUCCCGUCUUCUCUGUGACCCUGCCUUUUCCAGCAGCUGCUGCGGUUGGACAGAGCCCAUAGUGACUGUUCACCUCCUGGGCCUCCCCUCCCGGCUCAGCAAACCUCUUGGAGCCCACUCCAGAAUGGAGGGCAGCCUGGGGUGCCCCAGUUGGCCUCAGCUCCAUUCUUAACAAUGGUAAAGUCACCUUGUGCCUUGGGAUCCCUCACCAGGCUCCUUCAAGGCCCCCAGACUUGCCUAGUGCCUCUUCGGAGGCCAAGACCCUGGCACUUCAGGCACAAACAGCAUGUGGGGCUAAGGGAGCAUCAGCCCAUCCAGCCCCCUCCCCAGCUAUUACCUAGAGGGGCCUGAGUCAGGGCCCUGGGAUUCAGACUCAGCUGCCUAAAAUGCUGGGGUUCUGACCAGUUUGGAGUGAAGGAAUUACUGUCCCAGAUCAGACCCAUGGGCCCAGCCGGCCCUGUAUAUCUGCCCCCCACCCUCCAACCCCAGAUCAGACCCUUAGACCCAUCCAGCCCAAUAUCCUGGCUCUGAUGGGGCUUGGGUCAGAGGACAGUGCAAAGCUCUGCAGUGGAGAACUGGGCUCAUCUCUCAAGACCCUGCCAAGCAGGGCCCUGCCACAGAUCCCUGCAUGGGGAGCUGCUGUCAGCUCUGGUGCCCGUCUCCCUGGUGCCUGUGUGGCACCCUAUCUUCACACUUCCGUGUCCCCCCCCUCCUCCCCCAGGAGGCCAGCUCAGGCCAGCAAGCAGCACCACCCACAUCUCAUUGGCCUUCACCAGUUGUUGGCAGAACCCAAUGUCAUGCCAGCUUCACCUCCAUACCCAGGCCUUGCUAGGUUCCCCUAGGAUGCCCUUCACUUCCCAGGGGCAUCGGUUCAACUCUGGGAAGCCUCCGCAAGCAGGAUGGAAGUGGAGGUGUGGGUAUGUGAGGUGGGACGGGGGGGCAGGAAUCCCAAACUCACCUAAUCCCUCCCUGCAUCAUUGCUGCCCUGGGGUUCUCCCCCACCCAGCCUGGACCCCCCCUGCACCUGCCUCCAGCCAUGGCGGGUGUUAAGGGCAGGCUACCUAGACCAUGUCAUUUGGAGGGGCAGCUCCUACCAAGCUGUCCCAAGCCCCGCCAGCAGCUGGGGAAAGAUGUGGUGGAGCCUGCUGCUUUAAGACCACCCCUCAAAUGCCAGCAGGAUGGCAACAGGAGCAGGGAGCCACCCCAUGCCCAGCUUUGAGGAAUGCCCAAUUCCUUGAGGGUGUCCCCCUCCCCUGCAGAGCAGUGGCCCAAAGGGGCAAGCAGGGCGUUGCCUCUAGCUCUGGGCAGACGCAGCCCAUAGGGAGAGGUGGCUGUGCAUCCAUGGUCUCCUGUCCCUGCUUCAGCAGCAUCCUGCAGUGCCCAGCCCAGCACAGAGCAGGUUUCAUAGGCCUGCUGCUGAGUCUGCUGGUGACACUCCUAAUGACAGGACCAAGGCUUUGGAGCUGCAGGACACAGAGCCUCCCUAACCCUGCGUGGUGAGAGGCAGGAGAGACUGAGAUCUUACUAUGGGUGGUGGAUCCCCUCUCAUUUUUCCCCCCUUCUGCUGCUGGACUAGCAUGGUGCUGGGGGGCACUGUGCUGCAGGAAGCAUGGUGGGGGCUCAGUAGGGGGUGCUGUCCCCAGUAGUCUGUGCUGACCCCAAUGCCCCAGUGUGUGUGUUGGGAGGAGCACAUGUACUGUGCUGCAGGGAGCAGAGUGGGGGCUCAGCACUGGAUGCUUUCCACUACCAGUCAGUGCUCAUGCUAGUUCCAAUCCUAAUGUAUCCUGCUCUGUCCCAGCCACAAAUCCUCCUCUAAAGGACUACAGUGUUUCUGUACAGUAUCUCUGUCCCUUCUGACAUCAGUGACCUAGUCCUGGCACCGGCAUAGCCCUUUUGCCGGGGGCAGCUGACCUCUGAGACCUUGCAGUUCAUCUUCCCAGCAGAAGAGAAUCAGUGAUGUGGAGUAUGGAUAGAGUCUAAGGUAACUCACUUUAUUUACAUACACAAGUCCUGAAACAGAGGUGGUCAAACAGCACACGGCGAUCCGUGCUUCCAUAUGGCUCAGCCCAACCCCAGUGCCUGGUUCAUAAGGAUCAACUUUGCCUUCAGAAAUGGACUCCAGUGAAAGCCCAAGGCAGACAGCAAACUUUCCCACUGCUCAGCCAGCUCCCUCACCCCCAGGAUCACUGCCUACCAGAACAUUGCAGAACCCAAAACAACCAACCACCCAGUAUAUUUUCCCAAGAGUCAAAACUUGCUAGCAUACUGAAGAGUGUAAUGGUGGCAUCUGCUGAAAACGUCUCUUAAGUAUAGCCCUGAAGAAUGAGGCUGGGCCAGUUAGUGUCAUAACACAGAGACAUGAGUGGUGUGAGCAUACUGGUAAUUCUGAUCUCCCUGUGGCACACGAAGGAAAGGAAUGAGUAGGGGGACUAUAGACUCUGAGGCCAGAAUGAGCCAUCUCACUUGACCCACCUCAACACAGGUCCUAGAUCUUCUCUUACAAGCUGAUUUACAGCAUAUCUAGACAGAUUGCUAAUCUCCUAAAAGGGGGGCAGGUCCCCCAGCUUCCCUGGGAAACUUGCCCCACAUGUGCCAGGGGAAGGAUUAAAGAGAAGAGGGAGGAGCAGACACCCCCUCCCCCCGCAGGCAGCAGGAUCAGGCUUUGAUCAGAACUGUCCUACUCAGUGGAUUCCUGAGGACACCAGCUGUUCUUGCCAGCAGCCCCAUAGUAUCAUGUGGCUGGCUCUCCGGAGCCCUUGCCAGGCUGAGAUCAAGUUACAGGCACCUGGCAGGGAGAGGCAAGAGUGGGGGUGGGUCAGAUUAAAGAUCAUGGAAGGGUGCCAGAGGGGGGUGAGGAGAGUGGCACAGAGUGAACUGAGCUCUGAUCAUCCUCCAUGAAAUUCUCUGCCACCAAAUUGCUAGGGGUGUAGCGUGGAUUGCAAAGCAAUUGUGGGACAGGAAUAGGAAGGGAGAUUUCUCUGGUGCUGUGGCCUCCCCGGGAAGAUGUCUGGAUUUUACGAAUAUUAUACGUUCCUCUGCUUUUUUCAAUUGUGUGUUACUUGCUGUGAUUACAAAGGUGAUUCAUUCCAAGAGAAGCAAACACUUCAUAGAGCCCCCACAUCAUCACCCCGGCAAAUCUCCAGAGAUGUGGCCUCGCAGAUCAUGUGCCAUCCAGAUCGAUCUCUAACUAGGUCCUUAAGAUCUUGGGUUUAUGUCCACCACUGGCAAUCUUGUCGUGCCAGCAAAGCUUUUGGCACCCAUGUGAUCACUGGCAAAGUAGCAGCACUCCUGGGUAAACACGCUUUGUAAUUUGCUUGUUCUCCAUCCUAAGAACGUGUCCGCACCAGGAAAGAGAAACCCUGUGCUGAUGGAGGCAGUUGCUUGGGUUCAACUAUGAAUCUCCUUAUUGCUGAUCUUGACCUGCUGCUAUGGAGAAGCUGAUGGAGACAAUGAAAAUUUAAAAAUUCUUCUGCUGCUCGUCAGCCUUCCUCAGCACCAACGUUUCACUGCUGUAGAGCAGAGUUAGCAUAACUGGGGUUCUAGAGAUCUGCAGCUUCAUAGCAAGCUUGAUGUCCUGGGGUCUCCAAAGAGGCUGCCGAAGGGCCUGCAGUAACAUGGCAGUAGCUGCUGUUUAUAUGUUGGCCACAUCUUUCGAGAAUCCUCCAGCACUGGCCGUGACGCUGCCCAAGUAUUUGACAGUUGCCUUCUGCUCUAUGUCCCAUCCCAACAGGUAAAUACUGAGCUGGAGAGAGCCCCUCACGCAUUUACCAGUGGUUAAAAGACAAUGCAAAGAACAACUGCUGGGAAGUCUAUCCACACCCUUUCUGCAUUGACUAGGUUCGGGAUGCCUGGGACAGACAAAGGAACUUGGAGAGGAGUAAAAGAUCUGCCUCAGCUGGCAGGAGAAGAGAGAGAGACAGGGAUUAUAGGGAAACAGACUGCCCCCCAAUCUAAAAUUGGGGUGUCUGACUAAAUUAAGCUGCUCAGAGCUCGUCUCCACUUGAAAGCUGACUUGGAUUAAGGUAAGGUGGGAAUUUAAAGUGCAAUAUCUAUUCCUGAUCAACUCCCUGUGUGGGAUAAACUAAGCAGGAACACAUCCCAUUAUUCCAGCACAUGAGUGUUCAUGCAUGGAGUUCAUCAAAGACUGUCUAGCUGUUUCUGAUUCACUCAUUCCAUAGACAAGUCCUUCAUCUGGAUACGGGGAGGAUCUGUGUUGCUUUAAUCCUCUCUUGUCAUACAGGGUUCCUGCUGUUGAGAUGAAGUGAUGCUGUGUUUCAUGAAGGCUCGUUUAGGUUCCAAAGACCUGAAUACAGCUGGUCCUACCGGGAAAUCACAGGUGGUACAGGGGACUGCAGCCUCAUGAUUACAUCUAGAUGAUGGUGCAAUUCGAUCCCAGGGAAGGGAACGGAGUGGUGCAGGGGCAGUGUGUGCAGCCCACCCCACCCCCCAGCAAGGGGGAUGAAUGAUCCAUUGUUCCUGUGGGUCCAUCCCCAUGUCAGCACAGUCCCCCAUGCUGCCAGUCUGUGAUCCCAGGCAGUGCAAUGAGCAACAUCCCUCAAAAGGCUGCCCCAGUCCCAAAGCAAGGAGAGUGUGCUCAGGGGUUAAAGGAAAGGGGACAAGCCCAAGCUGGGGGCAGUGAGGGGGAGAUGGGGUGGGCUGGACUGACAGACCCAUUCUCCCCAGCCCUGAGAGUCAGAGGGAUUGAGCCCCUAACCUACCAGUUUGAGUCAGUAGGAGCUGGGAGAGCCAUGAUGUUCAUACAGGGGAUUAGUCCCCAAGCCUCAUGCAGCCCCAGUCUGGGUGUUUUACUGGAACAGUCUGCACCCUUAUGUUCAUCACUUUUAGAGGACUAUGAUAAAUCUUGUACGAAGUAGGCCUUGUGGGGUAUUGUCACAGGACCCCCAGGGUACAACCUGGAACUGUGGGACCGCUGGGCCCAUUUAACUCUCCCGCUUGGGCUGUCUCUAACAAUGCUAUGCCGGUGACAAACAGCACACCCCUCCAGGUGCUAUGCUCACUCAGCCAUCAGAAUGUGGACAACCACACCCAGCUAAAUUACAUGAAGACUCUCCAAGAUACUCAUGAAUUACGCAGAGAGAGGCACCACCCAUCACCCCAGCCUUAAGUCUUGCAUCCCAGAAAUAUACUGUCUUACAAUCCUCAAGACUCCCUUAGACAGUGGAAGCUCAUUAAUUAGUUUGCCACUCAAACAAAGGGUAGUGGACAUGCAACAGUCCUCGUUAAGGUCUUCUUUAGGUUUUGAUAUAUAACUCCCAAGUGUUGCUAAACAUUGUAUUGUUACCUAUAUGCUCUUGCAAAGUUCUGUGGACCUUUUAACACUUUGUGGAUCUGUUUAGUGAUAUCAAAAGUUAGCAAGUGUGCUUUCUCUGAGUUGCUAGAAAGCAUCUACUUGUAUGUUCGCAGCAUUGUUAACGCUUUUGCUUCUCCAAUUGGUGUUAUCUACAUUGAGUUAUUAAUGUUUUCUAAAGUGUAGAUAUCUUGGCAUUUAGCCAUCAAAGCAAUGAAAUGAUAUGCAGGGACAGUGAGCUGUAUAGGCCCGUGGUGCCUAGGCUCCAGCAAAUUUGGGGCCUGGCCCCGCCUGCCACCCCCACAUGCAUCCCCUGAGCGUCCCUGCCUGCCCUGGGCAGCUCUGCGUUGCAGUCUCUCGCUGGCCGCUACUGCAGCCAGCUACAAGGGAGUGGUUCCCAGGGCAGGCUGAACAUGGCAACCCCCUCGCCCCCCGUCAGGCAACUCUGGUGGCGGGGGGGAGCUUAUCCUGGCUGGACCUCCUGAGCAGCAGCCUUUUGGGGCUUGAGUGAGUGUUGCUGCUGCCAGUGGGGAGAGGGCUGGGGGGAGUUCUUCUCUCUAGCCCCCCACCCCAGCCCCAGGGCAGCCUGCCUGCUGCACCCCAAACUCCUCAUCUUCAGCCCAGCCCCAUGCCCUGCACUCCAACCCUCUGUCCCAGCCCAGAGCCUGCACCCAAACCCCCUCCCAGAGCCUGCACCCCUCCUAUACCCAAACUUCCUCCCAGAGCCUGCACCCCAAACCCCCUUCUGCACCCAAACUCCCUCUGAGCCCACACCCCAACCCCCUGCCCUAGCCCAGAGCCUGCACCCAGCACCCAAAUUCUGUCCCAGAGCCCGCACCCCUCCCACACCCAAACUUCCUUCCAGAGCCCGCACCCCAAACCCCUUCCUGCACCCGUUCUGGCCACCACCAAAAAUUAUACAAACCUGCCGCCCCUGGUGGUAUGCCUAGGUUUCCCCUUUCAUACAGCAAACAAGGUUUACUAUGGCUCCAACUUUGUUUACAGGUAUUAGCUGAAAAGCAGCAUUACCAUAGGUCUUCUUAACACACAGUAAAAAGCAACAGAGUCCUAUGGCAUC